UCAAGCACCGCACACAGCGAUUGACAUCAUAACUGCACAUGUGAAACGAACUAGAACUAGUUCCAGGGCGGGCUGGGCAAAUUGAACAUACCGGUACUUGAAGUUUAGACAGAAAUGGAAUUCUCGGAUGGCAGAACUGGCCACAAGGGUCGGAGUGUUCAUGCUGCUUCACUUCCACAGACAGGUCUGGAAUUCUAGUUAGCCUCAAACCAAGAUGGCGGACUGAUGGUGCCUGGUGAACUGUUGUCUGAUCUCCACAAACACUGUUCAUUAAAAGCCGGACGGACCGAUUGGAAACACAGUAGUUACUAAACCACACGUGAAGCAGAUGGAAGAUACCCCACGGCGUAGCUUUCAAAUCCCAAGGAAGAGCAAAGAAAAGAGAGCUCUCUUCCAGUAUGUAUCGCCGGGGACCAGGGAAUACAAUGACAUAUCAAAGAUCAUCACCUCUGGUUAUAAGGACCCUUCGUCAUGGGGAAGCUACCAAUACACCAAGCAUUGCCUCGUCCACAGUGAGAUUCAAGAGAAAGACUUCAUUGAGAAGAGACGGGAACUGAAAAUGGAAGGCCGGUCAGAGAAGGAGAUGGUGGAGUCUUACUGCUUUCUUCUUUGUGAAAGCUAUAAGCUGCAGUCCAUCAGUGACAAAGGCCUACAUGUUGGACACAGUUGGAUGAAUCUGCUGGGAAAUCCCGCAAAGGGUGUUUACUUGAGCAAGUACUCAGAUUUACUUCAGAUAAACCCUUUUGAACCUGGCAUCACUGGAGACAUUGUCAUCUUCAAAGUUAUAAAGGGUAAAAUGAAGAGCAUCACUGAUAACAUGUCCAGAAGUCUAGAUCCUACCCCCAAGUUUGACAGCCACAUCUCCAAGAGCUUUUCGCGAGUGGCGUCUCACCGAUCCUACAGAGCCUUUGAGUACACCCAGCAAUACUUCUAUGAGUAUGAUGACAUUGAUGUGCGUACCCGACCCAGGCACAUCUGUGCAUAUGCCGUGGUGUCCUUCAGUUUCAAAGGAAAAGAUUCAGCCCCUCUCACCAAGCCCUUGCCUCCCGUUAGGUCCAACAGUUUUCCAUCAGGGAAAGGAAAGAGCAGCUAUGACGUGUGGAGUGGUCCUCUGACGAACGGUGGAAAGGAGGUCUACCAUGUGUCCUUUCGCUCCCUCUCUCAACCCAUCCUACCAUUUAAACUGCCGGACAAAAUUGAGAUCGGCACGGUGAUGCACCUUGACCAGGUGAAGCUGAAGGUUCCCCCCACUCUCUUCUCCUGGGAUCUGUACAGUGGCAGCCAGGAAGUAUGUAAGAAAGGCACCCACUGCUGUCUUUUCGAAGUUGUGGACAAAAACAAAUAUGGAAAGAACUUGACUGUUUUGCUCAACAAGUUGGAGCAGGAAAAGCUGGUCCUUGUGAAUACAGUUACUGACCGAGGCUUCUUCUUCCUGCUGUCUUCAACUCAGCUGGCCAACCCUAGUGAGAGACGAGAUGGAUGGAAAGGAUCACAUCUGCAGGCCUUGUUUGUCUUUCCUGAGUCAAGAGAUGUAACAAAAACUUCAUUGAAGCCCACAUCAACUCCCGGUCAUCUCCAGUCUCCUCAGACGUCAUCCAUCUCCCAGCUCUCCCAGUUUGUCCCCGCCCUUCACUUUGCCCUCAACAAGGUACGAUGCACUCCCCAGACAACCCCGCCGGUGAACCCCAGCAUCGCCGUGGAGCAGCAGCUGCACGACUACCUGAGCGGCCAGCGCGACGGCAAGCUCCUGCCCCGCGUACACACCGACUACGACCACAAGCUGGACGACCGAGAACGCCUCUUUCCAGCUCCGCGGAACAAGCUGAACCUGGAGGCCUACUUGAAGUCUUACAUGUGCUGCCCCAACCUUUACCACAUUCCCGUCACCAAAGCCCAAGUCAUGAUGACGGACUAUCGGCCGAAGGCUCAGGAGUGCCGCCGUGCCGAAAGCAGUGCUGCUGGAGCGAGUGUAGCUGAAGACCCAGAAAAGGUCGCGAUGCUUCUGGCACUUAUACAGAAGGAGAAGGCGGCGAAAGUCUCCGAGACCUCGACAGCCAUGACCUCGACAGCCAUGACACUGAAGAGGAAGCGGGAUGAGGAAGUGGCGAUCGCCAGAGGGAAAUGCGCUAAGAAGAGCACACUUAAUCAUGAGGACACGGCAGAGGAUGAUUGUCUAUCAACAAGUUCUCCACUGGCUGACGUUUUGGAGCUUGUAGGAGGACUGCGUGAUACUGAUCUAAGGAAGAAUAAGACGGAGGAUGACGGUCCACAGGCAGCUUCCUCAUUGGCUGACGUUAUGAGUCUGGCAGGACUGUGUGACACAGACUUGAGGAAAAACAAAACUGAGGGUGCGGUGAAGCUGAUGGAGAUGCUAGACACCAUUCAGACAGCCACAGUUGACUCACCCUCACUGAGCUUUGAUGAGGGCAUGGAAACGGAAAUUAUGGAGGAGGAAGAUGACCAGCCGGAGGAAUCGCUAGAAGAUAGUCGGAUUAAGCUUGGUCUGCCCAUUAAUUGCGACAUCGACUUACGCAAGCAGCGUAUGGACAAGGACGAUUUUGCUGACUGCGAGGUUGCGUCUGUCGAAAGCAUGAGCAGUUUGGAAGCGUUUAGCCCUUGCUCCGACCACGGUCUUCAGCGAGGAACCAACCUCCUUGGGGAGAAGUCCAUUCCCUGGGUUCUCAUUCCCAUCACAGGCAUCAAACCUGGAAGAUACACCCAGCGACUGUGGGACAAUCCACAGGAUCCACGAUUGAUGUAUGCCACAACGGAUAGUCUUCAACCUCAGCAAAAAGCAGAACCUGCCACCAAACUUGACCCAGAUUCAAGCUAUGAAGAACCUCCUCAGCCAGAAGCAGAAGAACCCCACAAGGAGUUAGUGGAGGAAGUGGCUGAAAAGGUGGAAGAAGGUGAUGCAGAAAAAGACGUGCAUCCAGAGAAGGUGGUCUGUCAGGUGGACAAGAAUUCCACUGAGGAAUCAAAAGAAAAGAACUCGACUGAGGAAUCAAAAGAAAAGAUUUUGACUGGGGAAUCUAAAGAAAAGAAUUCCACGGAAGAAUCUAAAGGAAAUCAUUCCACAGAGGAAUCUAAAGAAAAGAAUUCCACUGAAGAAUCUAAAGGAAAUAAUUCCACAGAGGAAUCUAAAGAAAAUAAUUCGACCGAUGAAUCUAAAGAAAAGAAUUCAACUGAGGACUCUAAAGAAGAGAAUUCGACUGAGGAGUCACAAGAACAGAAUUCGACUGAGGCAUCAAAAGAACAUAAUUCAACUGAUGAAUCGAAUUUGUUGUCGUUGUCGUCGUCAUCGUUGUCGCCGCCACCGUUCUCACCCUGCCAUGUUGAUCCAGGUCAAAGCCAGAGUGUGGUGGACAGUAUUGUGGACGAGCAGCUGACGGACUUCUCAGCAGGAGUCAUGAGCCUGCUGAAGAGGAAGCAGAUGCCGUACCAGGCCCCUCCCCGGUGCAACUCCGCUCUGGAAUCGCAGCCCAGGACCCACGUGAGGCCGUUCUCCGAUUACAUCUCACAGCAUCACGAACCAGUGCCACUGUACGGCUUCGUCAGGACCCUGCGUAGCAGUCUGACUUCUUAUAUCGAUUCACACCUCAGAGUAGCAGCGCCUGAGCCGACGGCUCGGAGCUCUGCUCUGAACGCCGUCUCUCCACCUCACUCCAGUCUGUCAACCAUUUCUACCCCAGCCUUCUCCAGUUCGAUGGCAAGACCAAGUGUUGACUCUCACCCUGAUUUGCGUUCACUGCCUCCUCUCAGCGAUGCCUCCAACGAUCCAUCUUCAAGUCAAACUCAUACUAUACAUUUACAAAGUCUACCUCAUCCAUCUGCCAAUGAAGAAGAGACAUCGCCACAACCGUCCCAAGAUGACUGUCUGACAUUGUCAGAAUGGCGGCUCGAUGAGCACACAGAGCAGGAAGCUGCAGAAGGGGACUCUGGCUUUUGCACAACAGCCAGUGCUCAUCUUCCCACUGAAGACCCCAAGAGCUUGCGUGUGGAAUCAUCUCCUCCUCCUGCUCCUGCUCCUCCUCCUGCUCCUGCUGAUGCCACUUCACUCACGAACAUAAUAAACCAGCUAAAUCCUGAAAUGUUCAGCAGCUUGGUAGAAAUCAUCAAGGGUGUGCGGAAGAACGCUGUUCACUUCUACAUUCACUCUGGUGAUUCGGGGGAGGACGUGGUCUGCAGGGAUAUCAAAGAAUAUCUGCUGCGACAGGGAAAUGCAGAGUGCAACCCACAGCGUUUUUUGGAGAGCAGGGGUGAUAAAGACAAACUGCAGGUCAUCAUCAGAAAUGAGGACAUUGCUUCUGAGAUUCAUAAGAUUCCAGAACUGGUGAAACUGAAGGAGUUGCCAUUUGUGAACUUUGCUGGAGUGGACAGUCUAGAAGACGUGAGGAACAACACGUAUAACGAGUUGUUUGUGUCUGGUGGCUUCGUCGUCUCUGAUGAGUUUGUGCUCAACCCAGACUUCACCACGUGGGAGAGACUGCAUAGGCUUCUGGAGUGUCUGGAGAGGAUGAACUCGCCUGAAACACCCUGGAGGUGGAAAAUUCACCAUAGGACUCUAAAAAGACUGAGAGAACAAAGCCGAGUUAACGGUGAUGCCUAUGACUUGUUAAAUGUGCUGACUGCCUAUCAGAAGAGGCAUGUGGUGGAGUUCAUGCCUUAUCACGAGUGCGACACCCCGGGUAACUCUGUGAACACCCUCACCUGCUUGGAGAAGCUACAGUCUCAGCACUCACAACACAGACAUGUCAUUUUCCUAACAGAGUGUCACUUUGAGAAGUUCCAGAAUUACAGUAGCAGCGGAGUCAUGGUGGCCACUAUUGAUGAUGUCAUCAGCAAGUUGAACACGCUCAGUGGACUCCACGAUGGCCAGCCCAAACCACCACUUUUCCAAAAUCACCCUGCAACACCAUUGGCUGUACCAGCGCACAAGAAUGAAGUGUCAGCCAUGACAUCAGAGCAAUCCCUGACAAGACUCAACUUGGCUGCUGCGCGUGGGAAAGCAGAUGAAAGGCGAUGUGCCCCUCUGCCUCCCCCACCAGACUCCAGCCAGACGGAUCAGUUGGUCCCAGAUAGCGGUAACUCACUGCUGUCCCUACAGCCCUCACCACAGCCCAUGAUCCCUGCAGUCUCUCAGGACCCUGACUUGGAUGCCCUCCGAGCGGCCAUGUCCCAGGUCAAAGCAGCCACAACUACGGCAAACUCAGAUAGCAGCACCUCCUCACAGACUGAUUUUAAGUUGAUUACCCACCAGAGCUUCCUUGGUGGGGUUUUGCCACCAGCUGAAUUGUGCACCACCACCACCACCACCAGCAGCAGUACCUUGCAGCAGAGUGUCACUUCUCCCACACCCUCAUCAUCAUCAUCAUCAUCACUCUUGCCUUUACAUGGUGAACCACAGACGUCAGAGUCUGAAGUAGAACGUCUUGGGCUCCUCAGUACACAUCCGCGCCUUUCACAAGAUAAUCUCACGUCUUCCCAACAGGUGCAGGAGACCACAGUAACGACUUCCUCACAGGACUGUAGUGCACCCGCCUCGCCACCAGGGGACAGCACCACUGUCAGCCGUCGGGAUUCCUCAUUGGGAACGGAGUGUCUUGUGGCCUCGCGCGCCUCAAGUGAUAUCGUGUCGACUUUCGGUAAUGCAGACCAGAGUGUAGCAACAAACACAGUUUUUGUCUCGCAAACUGACACUUUGUGCGGUGUGACACAAGACGGUACGACCAGUGUCCCCUCAGUGGGAGCUGGUGACGCAACCUUUCAAGAAACGAUUAAAACUAAAGGAGGAAGUAGUAGUCUUAAUCAUCAUCACCGCAAUGGACCACUUCUUCCAACCCCUCCAAGUCUCACUGCUGCUAAAAAUGCCCAUACCUCUGAUCCUGUUCCCACUUCUACUUCAAACAACGUACCCAGCAUUACCUCCAAGCAGGAGUUGGGAGAGUCCCCUUCACUUAAUAAACAACCUGAGGAGUCUCAGGUUUCAACCCUCGGAAGCAAUGCCCAUGAUGUUGUUUUGCCGUCACAUCCAGGCACAGCAGUAGCCACUAAAGAGGAUUCAGCAGCUGCGGCUCAGCAGACCGCAGGCGCGGGCAUGUGGCCGUACCCUCAAGUCCCGCCGGCGGCGGCGAUGGCGGCCAUGGGCGGCCUUCGCCAUGGCAUGAACACUACCAACAAUGCUCCCGGCGGGCCAAUGGCGGCCAUGAUGUUUCAGCACAUGAUGGGGGGCGGCUUCGGAAACCCGAUGGGAGGCCUCAUGCCCCGCCCAGACAUGAUGCCCAUGCCCGGCGUUCCCAUGUCGCCCAUGGCCUGGGGCGGGUACUCGAGAGGAAACGCCUCCGCUGCCGCCGCCGGCAUGUGGGGGAUGCAACAGGGUCUCCCGUUCGGACCCAUGUAUCAACAGACUCAGUUCAUACAAGGAUUCACUUGGAGGAGUGGUUUCUCUGGCCAGGGCAACGGGUACCGCCCCUGACGGCUUUGCCUAACAAUGUGUAUAUAGUUGCUUCAGAGAGAUGUGCAAAAACUUUUUUUUUAUUCAGCUGUGUAAAUAAGCAGUUUUAAAUGUUAAAUCCUCUAAAACUAUUUUGUGUAUAAAACAUUAAUUUUAGCGUUUAGUUUAAGUGUGAGACUUACAUGAUUAUUGUUGACUUAGUUCUUGUCAGGUUGCCUAUAUUGUCUGAAAAACCUCAUACACUACAUUUUUUAAAGACUUGAACUGUAUCAAAUGACAUUAAAAGAGUCAAAUGUUGGUAAUGCAA